CGUAUACUUAUUUAUCUUGUCCGGCGCGACCUUCGCCUCGCGGACAAUCCAGUAUUCCACGAGAUUGGACGCUUGUUUUCGCAGUCACACCAGCCAUUUACUCAUGUUCUGCCGAUCUACAUUUUCCCCGCCGAGCAAAUCGAGGUGUCAGGUUUCCUGUCACCAGGCGUAACGCGCUCCCCGUACCCGGAAGCGAGAAGUUACGUGGGCGGCUUCUGGCGUUGCGGCAGGCUGCGUGCCCAGUUCAUUGCAGAGAGUGUCUGGGACCUCAAGCGGGAUCUUGAGAGUACUGGAAGUGGCCUACAGAUCCGUGUAGGGUCAGUGCGCGACGUGGUUCAGAGCAUACUCGAUGGCUACCGGGAGCGACACGAUUGCGAGGUUCACGGCCUGUGGAUGACGAAGGAGGAUGCGUGGGAGGAGUACGAAGAAGAAGAACGCGUCGGAGACCUCAUGACCGCCGAAGGUAAGGAGUUUAAAAUCUGGACGGACGAGAAGUACCUCGUGGAUGACCGAGACCUUCCAUUCCAGGAUGCACGGGAACUUUCGGACGUUUUCACUUCUUUCCGGAAAACAGUUGAGCCUCUCCGGGAAGCACCACGUAAAGAGCUUCCUAGACCGGAAAAGCUGCCUCCUUUGCCCGAUUUUGUCCCUCCGCAAGCACCACCUUUCACCAUUCCUGACUCCCUGGACGGCACGAUUGCGGCACUGUUCGAACCUCUGGAUGAGAAUCUGGAGAUAACUGAUAUGCCAACAAUGCCGCCAGGCACGCAAUCGGCUCAUCCCUUCGUAGGUGGCUCCCAACCGGGCCGUGAACGUAUACACCAUCUGAUCGAAUCUGGGUCAAUGACGGCAUAUAAAGACACACGGAACGGUCUGCUUGGCCUUGACUUCAGCACAAAGCUUUCGGCUUGGUUAGCGUUAGGUUGCAUUACCGCACGGCAAGUGCAUUGGCGGCUCGUUGAGUUCGAGGAUGGUACGACAGAUCUCGGAAAAGACGCACCAGGAUAUGGCAAGGGCGAGAACAAAGGUACGGCCGCUGUGCGGUUCGAGCUGCUGUGGCGGGACUACAUGCGGCUGUGUACACGCAAGUUCGGAAAGCGUCUGUUCUACCUACCCGGAUAUCGACACGACAAAAGUGCCAAAUUCAAGAUGAUCAGUAGCCCGUGGACGACUUCCACGGAAAGGAAGAAUAGGAAAGGCGUCAACGACGAAGACACCACGGUCGUUGUUGAGCGCUUUUUGCGAGGCCAGACCGGUACUGGACUGAUCGAUGCUUCGCAGCGCGAACUUUUCCUUACCGGGUGGACUUCCAACCGUGCGCGUCAAAAUGUCGCAUCGUACCUCGCUAAACACCUUAACAUCGACUGGAGACUAGGCGCCGAAUGGUACGAAACCAACCUCAUCGACUACGACGUCCAUAACAACUGGGGUAACUGGCAGUAUAACUCCGGCGUGGGCAAUGAUCCUCGUGGUGAGGCUCGAGUGUUCAAUCCAGUCAAACAAGCUUUAGAUUACGACUCUAACGCCGAUUACGUUCGCGCCUGGGUUCCUGAGUUACGAGGCGUUGGCAUGAGCCGGCGAGAUUCGGUGUCGAGUGGCGAAAGCAAUAUGCAAGACUUGAUGGGUAUUUUUCAAGCUUGGCGCAUUCCGCAUGAGGAGAAGGAACGACUGGGCCUUGCAGGCGUAGAAUGGGUUGAGAAGCCUCUAGUGCGAAUCGACUUCAACGUUAACCGACGU